ACAUUUUAAUGGGCUAGUAUUAUAUAUUUUUUUAUCAGUGUUAGUUAUUGUGUAUAGUGUGAGCCAUUGUUUCAGCUGAUUGCGUUUGUUUUGAUUGGAACCCGGAAGUGUCGCUCUCAGUGCACCAUCCACCGCCUCCGCACGAGCUCCAAGCUCCUAGCCUCAGAGGAGUCUGUGUAUGAGGGAUUAAACAGGAUUGACGGCAGCACAGCCGUACCACUGACAGGUCAUCCAAAAUGGGAAACACGGAUUCAAAACUGAAUUUCAGGAAAGCCGUAAUUCAACUCACAACCAAAACUCAGCCAGUGGAGGCCACAGAUGAUGCAUUCUGGGAUCAGUUCUGGGCGGACAGCACCACAACGGUGCAGGAUGUGUUUGCCCUGGUUCCUGCUGCUGAGAUCCGGGCCGUGAGGGAGGAGUCCCCCUCCAAUCUGGCAACCUUGUGCUAUAAGGCAGUAGAGAAACUGGUACAGGGGGCAGAGUCUGGCUGUCCGACUGAGCGGGAAAAGACGGUGGUUUUGAACUGCUGCCGAAUGCUGACGCGCAUCCUGCCCUACAUCUUCGAGGAUCAGGAUUGGAGGGGCUUCUUCUGGUCCACGGUCCCAGGAGCCGGCCGAGCUGGGAUGGAUGAAAUCGAUGAUGAUGAAGACGAAGGUGCCCGACCCCUGGCGGAAUCCCUGCUUUUGGCCAUAGCCGAUCUGCUGUUCUGUCCAGACUUCACUGUACAGAGCCACAAGAGGAACGGGCCGGACUCUGUGGAGGACAUGCGCUCUCUGGACAGCUGUGAGUACAUCUGGGAGGCAGGAGUUGGCUUUGCUCAGUCCCCACCUCUUAACUACAUACAUGACUUAAACAGGACUGAGCUGCUGAGGUUACUGCUGACGUGUUUCUCAGAGGCCAUGUACCUGCCACCAUCUUCUGACACCAGCAUCCUCAACCCCUGGGUCACCUUUUUCUGUUCCACAGAGAACAGGCAUGCCUUACCUCUCUUCACAUCUUUGUUGAACGUGGUGUGUGCAUACGACCCUGUGGGCUACGGGAUCCCCUAUAACCACCUGAUGUUUGCGGACUACCGGGAGGCUCUGGUGGAGCAGGCCCUGCAGAUCCUCAUCACCACGCUGGACCACGAGGGGGUCAGCGGCCCUCACCAGGCCCCCCCUCCCAGCAGCCUGGACGAGCAGGAGGUCAGUGCUGCACACACUCAGUCCUCAGGUCCAGAUAACCUGUUUGUGAACUACCUGUCCAGAAUCCAUAGAGAGGAGGACUAUGACUUUGUUCUGAAGGGUCUUGCGCGUCUGCUGUCCAACCCCCUGACCACGACCUACUUGCCCAACUCCACUAAAAAGAUCCAGUUCCACCAGGAGAUGCUGGUGCUCUUCUGGAAACUCUGUGACUUCAACAAGAAAUUCUUGUACUUUGUCCUGAAGAGCAGUGAUGUGCUGGACAUCCUGGUGCCUAUUCUGUACUACCUGAAUGAUGCCAGGGCAGACCAAUCUCGAGUGGGCCUGAUGCACAUUGGGGUGUUCAUUCUGCUGCUGCUGAGUGGGGAGAGGAACUUUGGUGUGCGCCUGAACAAGCCCUACUCUCUGCAUGUCACCAUGGACAUUCCCGUGUUCACAGGAACACAUGCAGACCUGCUCAUCACCGUUUUUCACAAGAUCAUCACUAGUGGCCACCAACGCCUACAGCCACUCUUCGACUGCCUGCUCACUAUUGUAGUGAAUGUUUCCCCCUAUCUGAAGAGUCUGUCCAUGGUGGCCGCCAAUAAGCUUCUCCAUCUAUUGGAGGCCUUCUCUACCCAGUGGUACCUCUUCUCCGCCAACCAGAACCACCACCUGGUGUUCUUCCUGCUUGAGGCGUUCAACAACAUCAUUCAGUACCAGUUUGAUGGUAAUUGUAACUUAGUGUACGCCAUUAUCCGCAAGCGCAGUGUGUUCCACCAGCUGGCCAACCUGCCCACAGAUACUGCCACCAUCCACAAGGCCCUUCAGAAGAAGAAGAAGGCGCCGGACGGCAUCUCCCGGACUAGCUCUCAGGAGACGGUAUCCAUGGAAGGCUCCACCCCGGCCGUCCCCGCAGAGCCAGGCACACUGAAGGCCAGCCUGGUGGCCAUCCCAGCUAUUGACAAACUCACAGAGAAAUCCCAGGUGUCAGAAGAUGGCACGAUGGUAACAGUGUCACGCAUGGACUCUCCUCCUAAGACGACGGAACCGGACCCCAGUGCCAGCGCAGGUGCCAGCGACACAGAGUCCAACUCAGGGCGAGACAAUGAGGAUGUUUUUUACACGGAAGCAGAGAUGGAGAGGCGUCGACUGUCCAGCACCUCAUCCGUUUCUUACUGGAACCCGACACCUGAAUGGGCUCUGUCCUGGAAGGCGAAGCUCCCACUGCAGACCAUCAUGCGCCUGCUGCAGGUGCUCGUUCCACAGGUGGAGAAGAUCUGCAUUGACAAGGGCUUGACGGACGAGUCGGAGAUCCUAAAGUUCUUGCAACAUGGCACUCUGGUGGGCCUGCUGCCCGUGCCACACCCCAUCCUCAUCCGCAAGUACCAGGCCAACGCCGGCACUGCCAUGUGGUUCCGCACGUAUAUGUGGGGCGUGGUGUACCUCCGCAAUGUGGAUCCUCCGAUUUGGUAUGACACAGACGUGCGUCUCUUUGAGAUCCAGAGGAUGUAGGGUGGGAGAAGACCAGCUGUCUGUCCACGACCAGAGGAAUGGCGGCCCUAGCAUGACCCUCCCUCUUAUCGCCUAAACCUCAGUGUGUUGCAUCUUACACUCUUCUCUCCCUCUCUCUCCCUGCCUAUUCUAUACCAACCCAGCCUUCUCUCGCUCUCAGUGUACCCUCAUGUUAAGUCAUCCAUUUUGGCCCCCCCCUUGUGCUUUGUAAUAGCUCUGUACGCCUCUGAUUUCCUAACCCUAUACCCCCCACCCCUUCUCCUACUUGCAGCUCUCUGUCCUCUGUUGGCCUUUGGCACACCAGAUUCUCAGCCAAUACUUGGCCAGCAGAUGGCAGCGAUUCUGUUACAGGAAUCCCAUCUCCCUUUCCUGAAUUCGGUGCAACACACACUUUUUAUGUAACUCGAAAUUAACUGUUUGUAUUGUUUACCAAAUAAGGAUUUUUAAGAUAACAGAUAUGUUACGAUAACAGAGUUUAUGCGUGCGUUUGUGUGUCUGCGUGUGUGUGUCUAUGAGACAGAGAUUUGCCUUGAGGCUGGCAGCUUGGCAGUGUCUCAGCAUCUUUUGUGAUUAUUAUGGGCUGUGAGCUUGCUCUUGUCCGUGUUUAAAAGUACCAACCCAAUGCUGAAGUAGAUCUGUGAGGAUGCUCCAUAUGCUUCAGUAGGCUUGCAGGCUUUCCACAUUCACCUACUGCUAACACUAACACUGAGUGCACACUUCUCGACUUGAUGAUGUGCUGUCGAUCCUCCUGGCAGCUUUUGAAUGUUUUGGAUGAUAGUACAUCUAGAACCUGCCUGCUUUAAAGUAAGGUAACCCAGCUCUGACUUGAAGCUCCCUAUGGAUAAAGGCUGUUCAGUCAGAACUGGGUGCUGUUCACCCUCUCCGUGUACUGUGCAUUCAGCAAAAAGAAAACCAAUGAGGACCAUGCGCUUGUGAUCUCAUAGUGUGUUCAGCAAACACACAGCGUGAACUCUUUUUAAAGAGCUUGAUAUUUAACACUGGCAAUUGCACUGUCAAGACCCAUUUUGUCUGCAUUAUUAUUUGACUAAUAUGACCUACUGUAAAUACUGUGUUUGAAGUUUAAAGUAGUAUUUUUGUCUGAAUAUAUACAAAUAUAUCAUAAAUUAUUCCUUAAAGAUG